GUGUCGCGAUCGGCCGAUCGGCUACAAUAUAUUAAUAUUAUUUUCGUACUUUCGUCAUUUCAUACUUGGUACAUAGUGUUAUUACGCGGUUACGUGCGGGUGGUCGUGCGCGUUUUUUCGGAUACCGCUGCGGUUACGCUAUACCUACGGUUGUGACCAGUCUCGUGAAUAUUCGAACUUCGUAAAGUUGUAACCAACCGUUUCUCGACAGCGGCAAAGGCGUGUGACGAGUGUGACGUCUGGAAAAAAACCCCGUCGUGCAGAAAUCGUCUCCGAAAUGUACGUAAGUGUUGUACUCGUCAGUCGUCUUGUAAACACUAAACCCGCCGGUCAAACUAUUAUUAUUAUUAGGCGGACUAUUUUAUUUUGUUCAUAAUUAUAUCGUGGAUUCUACGAUUAUCUCUGCACGUGAAGGAUUUCGGCAGCCACUCACUGAAUAGUGCAUGCAUCGUCGAAUACCAGAGGUUAUACCUACCUACAACACUGAUAAAUUUAGGUCCGUCAAUUCGCAGUUGCCUAUUCUACGUACAAAAUAAAACCUCGCGCACCACUGCAGCACGCACACACAUACUUGUUGCGUGUCGGUUGCAUCAUCAUCACCAUCAUCAUAUAUAGUUUGCCGGAAAAACACGUCGGCGGCGGCGGCGAUUGCCGGUGACUGCUACGACAUCGGCGGCGACGACGACGGCGGUUGACGAACGGACCAAUGGGAAAGUGGCUGGCGGUCGAUAAGAGGCGGGAACGGUGGCGGUACGCCAUUGGCGGGGCGCCGCGGACGACCGCCGGCGCCGCCGUUGGAACCGCCGCCGUGUGCCGCCGCGUGUGCUGCACACGCAUUUCGGACACCGUGACGCGCGGCCCACUGCAGCUGCUGAUCGGCCGUGCAUGCAUUUACUGUCUCCUCAGCGGCAACCCGUCCGCCCGAUUCGCUGGCACUCUUCACGCACUGCAUCGUCACCACAGAAUCUCACUGCCACCCGCCGGACGUCUCAGCUGUUCACGGCCGGUGCAGGUCAUGAGCAACGGCAAGACCACCACGCCGCCGGCCACUGCGGCCAACGCGGCCGCCGCAGCAGCAGCGGCUGCAGCAGCCGCGGCCGCGAUGCUGUUGCACCAGCACCAGUCGCCGGCGCUGAACCACCAUCACGCCGCCGCCGCCGCAGCCGCAGCCGCGGCCUAUCACCAGCACCAACAGCAGCAGCACCAACACUUGCAGCAGCACCUGCAGCACCGAGCUCAACACGAACAACAAAUGCACCAUCAUCACCAACAGCAGCAACAGCAGCACCAACAGCACCAACAGCAACAGCACCAGCAGCACCAGCAACAGCACGGCGGUACAGCCACAACUGUGGCGGCGGCCGUCCAGGAAGCCGCAGCAGUUGUCCAACAACAGCAGCAGCAACAGCAGCAGCAUAUCAAGCGGCCCAUGAACGCGUUCAUGGUGUGGUCCAGGGGACAGCGGCGCAAGAUGGCCCAGGAAAACCCGAAGAUGCACAACUCAGAGAUCAGCAAGCGGCUGGGCGCCGAGUGGAAGCUCCUUACUGAACCCCAGAAACGGCCGUUCAUCGACGAAGCUAAGCGGUUGAGGGCGCUACACAUGAAGGAGCAUCCGGACUACAAGUAUCGUCCAAGGCGGAAGCCCAAGACAAUGGUGCAGAAGAAAACCGACACCAGUGCGGUGUCAGGCAAACCGGUGCCGUACUCGGUCCGCGACUUGUUGCCGCAACACGAAUCGUCGGCAGCGGGCUCCGGUAACGGGUCUGCCACGGUGUCGGCCGCCGGAUCGAUGGUGCAUAAUAUGUCGACGGCCAGUGAACAUCAAUCGGCCACCACCGCAGUGGCCGUGGCUAAAUUCCCGCGUGCCUACUUCUCGCCGUACCAACACCACCACUACCCGUCCUCGUUCUACCAGCAGGUGGCCAAGGACCUGUCGACGGUGGCCGGAAAUGGUGGCACUGGCACUGAAGCAGCCGCUGCGGGCAAGGCUGUCCACGACCUGGCGCUGCACGCGCUCUACGGCAGUUCUCUGUACUCUCGGGCCGUGUCGCUGGCCACCGGGUGGCCGAUGAUGGCCGCGGCAAACGUGACAGCAUCCGGCUCCAACGGCGGCUGUCCUGUCAACUGUGCCGAGUGUGGUCAGCACGCGGAACGUCCGUCCCAAUCGUCACUGCAGCCACUGCCACCGCCACCUCCUAGGCCGGCGCACGAGUCAUCCACGUCGUCGUCCACGCCGUCGCCACCCGCCCAGCUUCCGCCGCCACCGUUACUGUCAACUGCCGCCGCCGUCAUCAAGCGGCCCAUCGCUUUGCUUGUCAAGCCGGAUCGCGUCGGGUCGACUGGACUACAUGCGCAACAUGUCAUAUGAAAACCGCUGCCGGUUCUACCGGAACCGGCCGCCGGCACAGCCUGCACCGCUGCCGCCAUGUCGGCCGCCGUCCAGUGCGGUUGGCCGCAGUGUUCGUCGUCCUCGUCGUCAUCGCCACCACCACCGCCGCCGUCGACGACGACGUCUCCCCUGGCCACACCGCCGUGGUGGCUCCAACAGUUGCAGCAGCAGCUGAUGAUGUGCAGUGGCCACAGGAACACUACAGCUGCCCGUGGAUCUCCCGGACCGCCGCCUGCCUCUUCGGCCACCGCCGCCCAAGACCACCGACCAGACUAGAUGAGCGCCACGUGCAUCACUCUCUCCACCACUGCGGUAAGGUUUAAACUACAUAUUAUUUGUGAUGUAUGACGAAGAAGAGAAAACAGCCAUCGAGGACUUCAUUUUUUGUUUUUAUGUAAAUAAUAAUAAUUUUAUAAUAAUUUUUCAUCACGCAUUAAUCAGUUGGAAGAUAAUAAUGUAACCAAAAAAAUUAGAAAACCUGCAGUUGAUAUGAUAAUAAAAUAUGAUAUGCGUUAUCGCAAUCCAGUGUAGUAGCCGGAA